AUGUUAAUGGUACCACAAACCUGCUUGAGUUCUUUGACAACCAUCUGCUGCUUUGCUGCUUGUCUCCCUUCCUGAAGCAAUGAGCUGGGGAUUUCUCCGAGAUCUCCUAAGUGGAGUGAAUAAAUAUUCAACAGGACUUGGCAGAAUCUGGCUGGCUAUUGUAUUCCUAUUCCGCCUCCUUGUCUAUGUUGUGGCUGCAGAACAUGUCUGGAAAGAUGAACAGAAGGAGUUUGAAUGCAACAUUAAGCAACCAGGCUGUGAAAAUGUCUGCUUUGAUCACUUCUUUCCAGUGUCUCAGGUUAGGCUGUGGGCCUUGCAACUCAUUAUGGUCUCCACUCCAUCACUACUUGUUGUGCUCCAUGUAGCUUAUCGAGAAAACAGGGAAAAGAGACACGGAGCAAAGCUGUACAAGAACCCAGGAAGUAUGGAUGGUGGAUUGCUAUGCACCUAUCUCAUCAGCCUCCUUUCUAAAACAGGAUUCGAAAUUGGUUUCCUCUUUUUAUUUUACAAACUAUAUGGGGGAUUCAGUGUUCCCCGUCUUGUGAAAUGUGACAUGAGUCCAUGUCCCAACACUGUUGAUUGCUACAUAUCCAAACCCACCGAGAAGAAAGUCUUCCUGUACAUUGUGUUGGUGACAUCCUGCUUGUGCAUAGUCUUAAAUAUCACUGAAUUCAGCUAUUUGAUUUUCAAAUACUCCAUCAAAUGCUGUUUCAGGCGUUACAUCAAGAAAGUGCAGGACUCCAAAUGUGAACACAAAAAGUUGAGUUCUAUGCAUAACAAUGGAGCAAUCUUCCAAGAUGGCAAAGAUUCAGCUGCUAUCUUUAUCCAACAAGAUGAAAGAAACCAGCCCACUAGCCAACAAGAAGAAAAAGAAAGUCAGCAUUCACUAUCAGACAAAGUACAUUUUAGUGACUUUAAAGAUUGA